AUGGCUUUGGUAGCCUUGCCGACUCAUCCCGAAGAGUGUUGCGCCAGUUGCCCAGAAUGGUUGCCGCGGCAAUGGGGCGACACAGCAAUGCUUCAGCGGUUGCUAGAAGCUGCUAAUACUCUUCGAGAAAAUGGCGGCAUACAAGAACGAACCCGGGAGGCUUUCCGCGAGGCUUUCACUAUACACAUGCAGCAAAAUGAUGCGAUUCACCUUGCGUUCUCCGCAGCUUUACCCUUGUUCUUCGAAGCUCUGAGACCUGGGGAUGGUGGUGGCCAUGGCGCUUCGUGCGGUCGUGGACAGCUUGUCUUCAAAAGGGACCAUGCAUCUGACAACAUUGCGGCAUGCAUCGAGUUGUUGGAAAUGCUGCAAUCUCUCUCUCGAUUUGGGGAUCGUCCACCGUCCGAUUCCUUUCCCCCGGAUGCCCCGCAGGAUGCUCCGCAGGAUGGUGCAAAAUGCCCAAAGUGGCAGUACGUUCGAGAGCUUUGCUCCCAGGCAGCACUGUCACUUGACAUAGUGCGCCUGGUGUACUUGGCCAAGCAUGCCAGGCGUUCCAGGCUCCAUCCAAACAAGUCUCAGCCGUCCCUGGGCGAUGUGCAAGAAGCAUUGGUCCAUACACCUGAUGCUGCGGACAGACGAGUUGCUUCGACUCAAUUGGUCCAGGAUGCUGAUGGCUCCCGUCCAGAGCCCACAGAGUUGCAAAACUCGCAAGGCAUCAUACCAUCAGGCCCAGCAGGCUCCGGCGACGGAAUCUUGAUUCCCAGCGACGAAGAAUACAGUCGCACCAGGCAGAAUUCUUUAGUGCGGGCCGGCCGUUUCCUGAAGGCAUUGCAGGGACCGAUGGACCAGCUAAAGGGAGAGCGCGAGAGCUCACAGUCGGACCUUGUCAUGAAGAAUCUUCUCUUCCCAGCCUUUACAAAGUUUGUGGAGCAGCAAUUGUUGCCGCUUUAUGUUCGCGACCUUACCAUUGCCACUUUGAGCGAGGUGACGACAUACUACUGUGGAUUCGCUGUGGACUUCGAGGAUGAGCGUGUAGCACGGCAAAUUCUGGGCAUCGGAGAGCGUUCUGGCCUGAAGAGAAGACACAGUACGACAUCCUUGUCUUCAAUGCCGGUCCUCCAGAAGGAGCCAGAGCCGAAGCUUCAAGACAUGAUUGAGGCAGCCGGUGCGGCAAGCAAGAAGAAGAUGCGAAGCGAAAUGCAGACCUCGGUGAUUGAGAAGCGGCGCUAUGGCCAACCGGCGCAACAGGAUUACUUCGUACCAAGGGCCGUCGCUACACCUGCCAAUGCCUUUCGGGCGCUCCGUCGUCAAGAUGCCUGA